AUAUACAUAUAUCUGAGAGGCUGGGAGGGAGGGAAGGGGUAAUGGGCCUAAUUACCCUUUAAAAGCAACAUGGCAGCAUUUGGGAAAACAAGCAUGAGAAGACUACUGACUUCAAGGUGAUCUGAUCGGUCCAUCAUGUGGGCGUGGGCAUUACUUCCCAUCACCCUGGCAGUGUUUGGGACUAUUGGGAUGUGGGCUGUGUAUGCCAUAGCUGUGUCCAAUAACACUGUUAAUAUAACCCAAGAAUUCCCUUUCAUCAGCACAUGUGGCUCAUACAACCCCCAGAGCUGCCUGUUUUCUCAGAUCUGCAACAUAUGCUGUGUGUUGGCUUUGUGGAUUGUCACAAUCAGAUUUCAGCAGGUCCGUGAUUUGGGCUCCGGGUCUCAUUUAAACAUGGCCGGUUUGGUGCUUGGCUUCAUCUCUAGCAUUGGGAUUUCCAUUCUAGGAAACUUCCAGCAAUCCGUUGUGAAGGGGGUUCAUCUGCUUGGGGCACUCUUGGCCUUCUUCCUGGGUUUGGUUUAUUUCUGGAUCCAGGCGUGGCUUUCGUACUACAGCCCGCCGUCACAUGACCGCAAGUGGGUGGUGCCAGGGCGCAUUAUCCUCUGCAGCCUGUGUACUUGUUUGGUCAUCUGCAUGUAUGUUCUCUAUAAAACAGGGUUUCGCUCUGAAGCUGCCAUAUGUGAGUGGGCUCUGGUCAUGUGUUUUUUUGCGCUCUUUGCGAUUUUUGCAGCAGAGUUCAGACACAUUGACUGCCACAAGCUCACCGUACAGAACAAGGAAAGGAUUAGCACCAGUAAUGCUACUGGUGUGUGGACGAUACAGGAGAUUCACUGAGGAACAUCUGGCAAGUUGUGUGGUAAUCAGACAGAUAAGUUGAACAAACUCGCCAUUUAAUGGACUCAAUGAACUGAAUUCAUGAGCAUAUUGUUUACUUUACAUUUACAUGAUGUUAAAUUAUAGUUUAUAAUUAAAAAUGUGUUUUAUCAGUGUAGUUUUCCAAUUAUACCUCAGCCUGGAUCUCUUUGAUUUGUUUUGUAGCGUUGAAGACUUUGUUUGCAUAAUGUUAUUAAAUAUAUUCUGUUAUAAAUAUUUAACUCUAUCUGACCAUUAUAAGAAAGCUGUUAUUGACUAUGAAUAAAUUUGACAUCACAAAGUGAAAUAAAUAAGACGGUAUGGUGGUCUUUAACAUUUUCAGUAAUUCGGUUGUAGUAGGCCCUCAGUUUAGCUAGAUCUGCCCCAUGCAGUGAAACUAGCUGCUAAGAAUUGCGAAUCGUUUUGUCAGGUUGUCACAGUCAUUUGCGGUUGCUAGGCAGUUCUAGGUUGUCCCCUUUAGACCUUAUGCACCAGACACACAAGUGCCAUCUUUAGAAUUUUGUCUUAGAACUUCAGUUUUUUUUUUUUUGCAGUAGCUCUAUAGCAUCACUGUUGAAGAAUAAUUAGCUGGUGGAGUUAAUGAAAAUUAUCAUGAGCAUUGUAUUGUUUCAUAUGGAUGUCAUGACAAAUGUCAGCAGACCGGGAAGAUUUUAAAAUGAGUGGUUCAUUCAUAAAUUCGUACAACCUUAUCUUCAGAUCGGAAGACAAUGAGUGCAAUUUAUUUAAAGGCGGACUACAUAUAGGUCUGUGCAUGGCUUUUUGGAUUAAAAUGCACAUCUAACCCAGCAAAAUCAGGACGUGAUUCCUCUAUUUUGUUUUACUGAGAUUGCAAGAUGGCAGGCCGCUCUAAGGUGACUGAAACCCAUCGACAGAUGAAGGCCAAAGGGAUGACCCUUUCAGCCACUGCAAGAGAAGCUGGACGGACUGAAAAGAGACGUCACACUGCAAAACUGGUCAAGCUAAGAACACUGAAAUAAUGAAAUGGCCGGGCCAGAGUCCUGAUCUAAACCCGACUGAAAGUCUCUGGAAAAUCCUUGGCGACAAAGUUAUGUCUAAGAACCCCACUGCAGUUACUGAACUGUGGAAGAGACUGGAAGAAGAGUGGACCAAGAUCACACCAGCGCAGGGAGAAACUAGUGAUGUCCUGCGGCCGCAGAUGAACUGAAGUCAUUCAAAGCAAGGACCUCUACAUUUACUAAUUUCUGACAGCUGAUCCUCCAAAAUUUUAGUUGUAAUCAUCUUUCGUGCAACAGUGGUUACUGUUCUCUAAUUUUGAUCACUGUGUUUUCCACAAUUAUUAUUAUUAUUAUUUUUUUUUUUUCUUUGAUAUUUUGUCAAACAUGUUAUUGGAACAGUGGUAUACCUAUAGCUAAUAUUCUUUCAAAUUUUGAGCGAUAAAGAUUAAAAAUAUUUUAUAAUAGUUCAUAAUAGUUUAAAAAAAUAGUUUAUAGAUUGUUCUUUAAUGUUGAUCUCUGCUGUGUUGUAUAUUCCACUAAAUGAAAGUCUGAGGGUGCAGGCUAGGGUAUGUCAUUUAGACAAGGAAUAGACCAACUACCCUCAAGUGGAAGAGAUUUGAGGUUCCGUUCAUAAUUUGCAGGUCAAAAUAUACGAAGUUUGUUUGAAAAAUUCAUGUUGCAAUAGUAAUAAACACUGCUAAAAAAUAACGUGUGACACAAACGCCUAAUGAAAGUGCCUUUACAUAAAGCAAACACCAGAGGGAGCUCUGGGCCUGAGGUGAUCUUAUAUUUGCUUUACUCGAGUUCAUCUCACUGGUAAAUUGUGUUUUAGAACGUCUUUAGCUAAAAAAUAAAUAAAUAAAUAAAAGCAACAUCCAAACAGUGUUAAAAAGUAAUUUAGGUUAAAUGAGAAAUACAUUACUUCUCGCUGGUAGACUUACACAUGACAACUGCCCAGCUCGUGCCAUUCAGUAAGUCAGUCAAACAAGCCUGUGAAUUUGGACACAACACAGUUAGACAUGAUUUUCAGAUGGGAAACAGCAGCAGAGAGCAGUCUGUGCGUCUCACGAUGACAUUCUUUCACAUACACAUUGCUCUCAAUGGGUGGGGAAAAUCUGAACAAAAAAGAGAGAGGGACACGAGAGGGCAAAUGAAGGGAACUUAAAGGCAUGUUGAAAAGUCCUGGGAAUCUGUUAUUUCUUUCUCUUUUCUAUUUUAAUAUCCUUUCAUCCUUUCAGUGUUUUUCUAAAAUCUGAGCAAUCUUUGGAUAUCUGCUUGUUUUGGUUCAGGUUUUUAGCGAGUAGGGUCAGAUGAGUUAUGCUGUCGUUUAAACACUGACUCGCCGCAAAAUCUUUAACACAAAGUAAACUUUGAAUCCAUUGGUAGCUCAUAAAAAUGGAAUACUAUCUAUCUAUCUGUCUGUCUGUCUAUCAAGUUGAAGGUGAAGUUUGACCUGCAAAUUUGUAUAUUGAAUAGAUAAUAGAUUAUAAAAUGCCUCAAACGCUCAAAGCCUAGUGCAACCACUGCUUUACUCCCUUAGCCAACCAGAAAGUGUCCCUGGCUGCCAUCCUUAUCCACCAUGAAAUUCACACAUGGCAUCACUGUGACCUUUUAACAGACUUGAACAGACAUUUAAUACAGAGGCAAAGUCAAAGGGCUCUGGUGUUAUAUAUGGGGUAAAUGCUGUGUUUGGCUAAAGGGCAUCAAGUCUGGCUGGCUCUUAUGUAAUGCCUCCGUGUGUCUGUAUCAAGCGUGCGUUUGUUCUGUCUUUGUUUUAAAAGCGCAGCAGGCCUCAGGUCCACCGUGCUUUUCACCUCGACCGUAAUCUCUGUUCACGCCUGCGUUAUUCCAGAUUAUUCUUAUCCCUUGCACAACUCCUGCUGGGCAACAAUAGCACUACCGUACUAUCUGCAAAGCAAACGGCCUGCCUGCCACCUCAUACACACACGGCUUAUCAGCAAACAGCCAAAUCCUGCCCGAGAGAGAAAGCAAGAGUGCGGAAAAAAGAAAGCCAGUCGGUUCGUCGGGUUUAAAAUGUUCCAGCUAUGAGGGCGAGAGCACAACAGAGGCAUAAAAUCUGAUUUAGGCCUAAAAACCUUAAUCUCCUCGAUCCAUAAUCUAACAGGUCUGGAAUUUCCCCAGCUGUUAGGAAAGAGGGAGCGAGGGAGCAAAAGUCGUGCCGCUGUUUCCAGCGAGUGGGCAUCUCCAGUCAUGAUCUCAUCCCGCAGCGCUGGCACUCUCAAGCAGAGAGCUGCCCUUUUACUCAAAAAUGCCAAGCGCACCACAUUCCUACACUCUGAAAAGUCCCUAAUUGCUGAGAUACACAUUCAAACGGCCCUCUUAUAGAGAACAAUCAGACAAGACUUAAUUAUAUAAUUAUAUGCGACCGGACCCCCGCACACAGACGGACACACUUCGGGACGUUUGUGACCGUAUAUGAGGUUUAUUUGAGGAGAGGAGAUUGGGUGUUUCCGCAUUUGGGUGAACAGAAGUGAUCUUUAUCAGAGGUUAUUAAGUGUCUCUGUGUGAUUCUCUGUGUCCGUAUCUGUGUUAUGUUGUUCUAUACAUGUUACACUAUAGCGCGCUGCUUGGAUGGCAUAAUAUUGUAUUCCAUUUACAAAAACCCAAAAGGAUUUAGCAUCAACUUUUGUAUUAUUGCAGGAAAUAAGCUCUGUGACCAACAACAGUUUAUGAAUCUUGCAUGUUUUUUUUUUUCAUCAUAAUAUUCACAAAUGAAUUUUGAAGCCUAAAUACAAUCGGCAGAGGUAAAAAGUUAAAGUUAGGCUUCAAACGAACUACACCACUCUCGCGUGACUCCAAUGUCACCACCACUAAGCUUAGACAACUCUUUUCAUCUUUAUUUAAAAUCCACAAGUUGGAAAGUUUGUGUUAGAAUACUUGAUGUAAUUGUGUGUAUAAACAUGAGGCUGUAAAAAAGGACUAAUGAGUUUUCUUGAUUGGUGUGACAUUUAAUGUCCCCCACAACCUCUGUAAUCCCAUUUAGCAACUGUUUAACAACUGCAUUUCAUAAGAUGCACAAAGUCAUGAGUGGUGUAUUGUCAUAGAAUAAAAUGCAAAAAUGUCUUGAUCUAAUUUCAGGCAUUUAACCAGAAACCCAUAAAAAAUAACAACAUUGAAUUAGGAUGAUGGAACUGUAAGUUUUAGGUCUCAUUUCUACAGCACAUUAUUCAUUCGUCUCUGUCUUCACCCUCUCCAUAAAUUUUCUUUUUCUUUUUUUCCCUUUUUCUUGGCCCCAAAGCUUGUGCCGUCUGGGCACUUGACCCAUUGAAAAUCCCCACCUGCCAGUCCAACACAAUACCUCUCCUCCUGAGGACUUUAGUUGAGUUUCUCAGCUCAGCAGUUUUGAACUCCUGUUUAGUUGUGCCCAACUCACCUCAACUGAGCAUUGUUCAUCCCAACUCGUCAACUAAACCCAAAUGAUCUCAUCUGAAGUCAUCCCAUUUUCUCUUGACUUAACUCAAGUCAUCUUAUGUUAUUUUAAGACAUCUUCUCAACUCAAAUGAAGUCUUCUCAAAUACAUUUAAUCUCAAGUCCACUCAUCCCAAGUCCUCUCAACUUAAAGGAAUUGUUCACCCAAAAAUAAAAAUUCUGUGAUCAUUUGCACACCCUACUGUCAUUCCAAACCUACACGACUUUCUUCUACGGAACACAAGAGAAGAUAAUAUUUUGAAAACUCUCAGUAGGGUCCAGUGUGGUUUGGACCCCAACAUUCUUCAAAAUAUCUUAUUUUUGGAGUUUUCAAAAGAAACGACAUGGAUCAGUAAACAAUUUUUAUUUUUUAUUUUUGGGUGAACUAUUAACCUGUUUCAAGUAAACCCAACCCAUCUCAAGCCUUCUAAUGUUAACUCAGCUCAACUCAUCUGUGCUCAUUCCAACUCGAGGCAACAUAGAGGAGAGUGGUAUUGUGUUGGACUGGGAGGUGGGGAUUUUUUGGGGUCAAAUACCCAGAAUGCAAUGGGGGUGCAUAGAGUGAGAGGAAGAAAAGUGAAAUUAGUGGGUGAAAAGAGAGAUAGGAUGAAAUGCACAGAAUGGCUACAUAAUUAUGAUCGUUGGCGUAUGGAUAAAGAUAAUCACACAGACAUUUAUGACCUCUGUCACUGAUAAAGAUCUUUUCUGUUCACCCACACGCAGAUGAGACUGGCACAUGCCGCUGUUGACUUUUGGCUUGCUGUCAGAUCUUCCAGUGGGACGCUGGAUGUGCUGUUUUCCUCUGUGGGACCCUUAACAGGACACAACAAACUUUUAUCAUCACUUUUGGACUUCAGAGUAGAAAGUGAUUAAGAUUCAGUUCAAACACGGCUCAGUUUAACUAAACAGAGCCUCUAUCUUUCUCCUUUUUCUGGUGUUGUUGGCGCAAUAAACAAUAAUUACCCAGUGAGGGCAGAAUAUGGGUGUAUCCGAGUAAGAUAUUCCUUUUUAAACAUCUAAAGCUCCUGGCCUCUCUGGCUUGGGUGAAGCAGUCAUGUGGUUCAUCAAAGUCCUCUGGGUAGAUGGGGCUCUUGUUUAGUGGUAGACACAGGGUGCAUGUGUGCUUUGAAACGUCUGUGCCUCAGGCUCUAUGCGUUCAUGUUUGAUGUGUGGCAUGGUGGUGGUUUCACAUGGAUCUUAGUGGCUUUGAGAUGAGCACAUUUUGCUCUCUGGGAAAAUGGAGCAGUUCAAAGAAGUUUUACAUUUUGGGAUGUUGUACUGUCCUGUUCCUGAGAAUGGUGUCGCUAUCAACAGGUGUGCAUGUAGACUGAUUUGAAGAUGUUGCCGUUUGAUGCUUUUUUUUUUAAACGUGUAAAAAUACUUUAAGCUCCACACAUUGCACACAACAGAUGGCUGUGUUGGCUCGAUGUGGAACAGCCGGGUUGUGUAAAAUAGUUUUGCUUUAUAAAAUAAUACCCACAAUGAUUAAAAAGGUUAUACGUAAUAUAAUAUUUUUAUUGGUUAAAAUCCAAAACUAUUAAUUUCAGUGAUUUAUUUAACCUGUAUCAGGUUACAGAACCCCAAAAAAGUCCAAACGAAUGUUCAUUCGUUCUCCUGAUAACCUUUGCAAGAUGCCACGGUGUGGUUGAGACCUUUUUCUUUGAAUACUGUGACCUUUUUCCCAGACCUGAUGCCUUAAGGAACAGUUACUGGAAAUCUCAAGCAAGGUGGAUAUUAUAAUGAAGAACUAUUCCAUUAUGUAACCAAGAUGACAUUUCAAACCCUGCUGGUGGGACAUCGGCUCCAAAAUUAGACCUAGGUGUCCUGUCUGCAUGCUUGGUGUAAUUUGAUUUGUUAUAUCAUGACAACUCUCUGAAGGUUUUAGCAUGGUAAUGUACAUGACAAUGUUAAUGUAUUUGGUCUUGGCGGAAUAGAUCUGCUAUGCUGCUGCUGCUGAAUUGUUGCUGCUGUUGGUUAUUGCUGUAGUUGUAGAUUAUUGCUGCUGCUGCAAAGCAAGUACAGGAACUGACUACUGCCAAUGCAUACGCCGAUACGGUUCUGUGAGUUUUUACGUCACAACUAGCAUAUAUAAUAACCUGUAGCAGAUCUAUACAGGUGGAGCUGGGGAGGUGGAGGGUUUCAGAGGAACUCUUAAAGCGCGCUGCGAAAUGCUCUAGUCAAUGCUAACGAGCCAUUUAAAUGUAGAGCAGCAAGCUUAUUGGCUGCGCAUGCAAUAUGAACCAAUCAGCUUCUGCCAAGUAUAAUUUAAGGCUGUGAAUAUCAUCAGUUUGCAUUGACGACCCAUCACCCUGCGAGGUUCAUGAGAGAAAUUGGCAUUUAAGUCAGGUACACUUUUUUUAUUUGUUUGUAUUUUAAAUUGUCUUGUGUUUUGAUGGUUGCUCGUCAGACUGUACAACUGUAAAAGCCAAGGCUGACUGUGCAACAUACAAUCAGAUUUACAAAAUGCAUCUUGACACUGUUAAUAGGCACGUAAUAACGAUGUCAGAACAUCACAUGAUUAACACAAGAAAUGGAAAUGGUGCUGCACAAACUGAAAUUCAGUUAUAGCAGUAUUUCUCUGUUGUGGAAAACAAACAAAAGGACAUUUUGAGUGUCAUAUGUUGUGCAAGAGUGAAUUUGUGGACUACUCAAAAUACUGCUAAUAGUGUUGUCAUAACAUGAAGAAAAUAUAAUAAAAUGUUUGCGCAUCAUGUAGUUAAGAUACGAAGUACAAAUAUUUGUAACUGAACAUCUCUCAGUUGCUCUGUACUUAUCGCUUAUUUAGAUUGCUGUCAUGGGAGUCACACUGCAGGACCGCAGAACUUCGUCAGAGAUUUAUCAUGAAGGAAAUUAAUCAGUGACUAUUACAUCCUAAAUGAUUGCAGAUUUUGCCUUAUGACUAAAUAAAUGUUUUAUGGUUGACAAAAUAUGUCUUAAAAUGUGGCCAAAAUCCUUUAGGGUUGGUACUUUUUCCCUCUCAUUCGCAUUUCGGAAACAUAACAACAGAUUGGUGCAUUUUGAAAUUUUCCCCACCAACAUGCAGCAUUAAAUUUGGAUGCAUUUUAAAUUAAUCCUGUGAUGAUUCAUCCUCAAGACAUUCAGUCUGAUAACAACCCCCUGGGAUUGUUGGAAUACAUCGCAGUUCUCCCAGGCUACAAACUGCUCGCGUCAUAUAGGCUUUCCUCCUUGUCCUAAAAAAGACACGCUCCACUCUUAUUAGCCGACUGCAGC